AAAACCUAACGAGCUUGCGCUGUACUUACAAGGAAGUGCAGAGAACUGGUGCGCGUUUUUCCAGCUAAGUUGGCCCAUAUCAAAAGCUGAUUAUUAUCGGAUCUUAUCAUUGAUACGAGCUGAGGUCGACUGUUCUCACAGCACGGUGUGAUAAUCUGCCAGAGGCGACGCGGCCCCGGUUCGAAGAUGCCCCGCAGGAAGAGGACCGCUGGCAGCAGCUCGGACGGGACGGAGGACUCGGAUUUUUCCGCCGACCUCGAGCACGCCGAAGCUCCCGAGAGUGCGCGCAGGCGCAGCAGCACGCGCCUGACUCGCGCUUCACUACGCCUCAGCCAGAGCUCACAAGAUAACUGCAGCUCAGUACGGACCAGUUCUCCUGCACCCGUGGGUCCUGACGAAGGCCUGGAUUCAGCAGCAGAGACGGCAGCAGCAACAGCAGUGGCAGCGUCCGUCUUCUCAUCUGGGCGCAGGGUCACACGCAGCCAGCAGGGGGCGACAAACACUGCAGCCAAAAAAUACCCACUGCGUCAGAGCAGGUCGUCCGGCUCAGACACUGAGGCUAAUGCAGACCUGAAGCAGGGGGCAGACCGGGACGAGACCCCUCCUCGCACCCCAACAGGAAACGCCCCAUCCUCUGAGUCAGACAUCGAGGUGUCCAGCCCUAGCAACGACCUUGUGUCCUCUAGCAACGAUAUUGUAGUUUCACAAGAGGAGGACGAGAGAUUGGCCAAAGAGCUGUCGCUCAAAGAGGCCGCCGCCCACGACCUCUCCCAUCGGCCCAAACGACGGCGCUUCCACGAGAGCUACAAUUUCAACAUGAAGUGUCCCACACCUGGGUGCAACUCACUGGGUCAUCUAACAGGGAGGCAUGAGAGACAUUUCUCCAUAUCGGGAUGUCCUCUCUACCACAAUCUCUCUGCCGAUGAAUGCAAGGGCAAGGCAUCGACGCGCGACAAACAGGCUGAGGAAAGGACGCUGUCGCACCGCCAGGACGAGAACAGACACUCCACAAGAAACCAGGCCCCUACAGAUCGUCAGCUGCGCUACAAGGAGAAGGUGACGGAGUUGAGGAGGAAGAGGAACUCCAGCCUCAAUAAGGAUCAGAAGGAAAAACACAUGGACCACCGUCAGAGCCACGGAGCAAGCAGGGAGCCGCUGCUGGAGAACAUCACCAGCGACUACGACCUCGAGCUGUUCAGGAAAGCGCAGGCACGUGCCUCGGACGACCUUGAGAAGCUUCGUCUGGCUGGCCAGGUAUCGGAGGGCAGCAACAUGAUAAAGACCAUUGUGUUCGGUCGCUACGAGCUUGACACCUGGUACCACUCUCCGUAUCCAGAGGAAUACGCCCGCCUGGGGAGGCUCUACAUGUGCGAGUUCUGCCUUAAGUAUAUGAAGAGCCAGACCAUUCUGCGCAGGCACAUGGCCAAGUGUGUGUGGAAGCACCCUCCAGGUGACGAGAUCUACAGGAAGGGGAACAUCUCUGUCUUUGAGGUGGAUGGGAAGAAGAACAAGAUUUACUGUCAGAACUUGUGUCUCCUGGCGAAACUCUUCCUGGACCACAAGACUCUGUAUUACGACGUUGAACCAUUCCUCUUCUACGUCAUGACUGAAGCUGACAACACAGGGUGCCAUCUAGUCGGAUACUUCUCCAAGGAGAAGAACUCUUUCCUGAACUACAACGUAUCCUGCAUCCUCACCAUGCCACAGUACAUGAGGCAGGGCUACGGCAAGAUGCUCAUAGACUUCAGUUACCUGUUGUCCAAGGUGGAGGAGAAGGUGGGUUCACCUGAACGUCCCCUGUCUGACCUGGGCCUUAUCAGCUACCGGAGCUACUGGAAGGAGGUGCUGCUGCGCUACCUGAACAACUUUCAGGGCAAGGAGAUCUCCAUCAAAGAGAUCAGUCAGGAGACGGCAGUGAACCCAGUGGAUAUUGUCAGCACGCUGCAAUCCCUCCAGAUGCUCAAAUACUGGAAGGGAAAGCACCUGGUUUUAAAGAGACAGGACCUCAUUGAUGACUGGAAGGCCAAGGAGACCAAACGUGGUAAUGGCAAGACCAUCGACCCCACAGCCUUAAAAUGGACACCGCCUAAAGGGACAUAGAGGAGCCUUCUUUCACACUCCAAAAAAACGUACACAGACAGAUCAUCCUCCUCUGCACACUGGCAUGCUCACAGACCCUGAGCCUAAACCCUCUCUCCACACACACACACACACACACACACACACACACACACACACACACACACACACACACACUCAGUCAGUCACUUACAGAGUCAGUUGUCACUCUGGGUUUAGCAGUCACUGUCACGGUUCAGAAAAUCAAAAAUUUUUUGGGACAUAACACAAAAUAGAAGAACGUUAGGUAAAUGCUCCUAAUACAGGAAUGAAGUGUAUUCAGUGUUUAAAAUCUGACUAUGUGGAGUCAGUAUGUAAGCUCUGGCUCUGCAGAAUGUGUCAGAGUUGCCAUCAACGGCCUGGGGGGGGGGGCUUCAUUUAAAAUAAACACUUAAAAUUAAACAGUGGUUUGUCCCUUCUGGGCUACUGUAGAAACAUGGCAGACUCCAUUAAAGGUGAUUCACAUAUUCUGGUGAUUACACACUAAUGAAAACAUACCUAUGAAUAUUUUAUAUAGUUCUGCCAAUAUAGCCUCCUAAAUGUUACACACAGGACCUUUUAAAAUGAUUGGUUCAUUUAAAAAUACAUGCACUACUUCCCUUAGAUGAAAAGCUGAAGUGUAUGGAGGCCCAAAGUGUUUAAUAUUGACUGAAUAAAUAUGAAAUUAUAAUAAUCACAUGACUAAAUGGUGUAAAACAUACAAAUUAAGUUUUAAUAAUUUCCUCAAUUGUUGGUUCAUUUAUCAAUUUAUUCAUGUGAUUGUUAUUUUUUUCUUCCUCUUAAUACUUUAUUUUUAUUUCUUCAAUAUUGAGCCCUUUGGGGUUCCAUAGAAGUGAAGCUGUAGUUUCCGGCUCCAACUAAGAUUCGUGUCCAACAUUAACAUAUGACUACACUGCAAAACAAUGAGCUAUGUAGCAGCCAGUGAUGUCAGUCUACGCAUAUUUGAUCACCGCUGUUAUCCCCUCAACCUCAUUUGUUUUCUGAAAAGUGAAAGUAAUUGUGCGUGGUUAGUGCGCCUCCUCCCAGACACUUGAUUAGCACGGAGCACCAGGCACACCCGCUAAUCCAAUCUGCAACAGCCGGUAUUGACCCUGCGCCGCACUUCAUUCUGUUCCCGAGACGGCCGAAACAACGCAGGUUGGCAGUGCAUUGACUCAUGCAACAUGUUUUGGCAGACAAAGACCAGCUGGCUGUGAUUAAGGCCUGGGCCCAAAAUGCAUAAAGUUCCUAGAAAUAGGAGCCCUGACCUCGAUUUACCACUCAGGUCACGUGACUAAAUAGAGAUUGUAAGAUUGCAAGAUUUGCAAAAAAAAUUAGUGAAAACAUGAGUAAAAUAUGACCUAGUAUUAACGCCUGCAGACAUCCGUUAGUUUGCAAGUUUUUACAAUUUUGACAUUUGAAAUGUUUGACAGACCAGUGCACAUACAUUUUUCUGAUGCUGACAGUGGCUGUUGGAACCCAGAGCAAGUCAGUCUCUCAGCGUCUCUACAAACACACACAUUGUUCCAGUAUUUAAGCAGUCAGACGGUUAGUGAGGAAGCUAUAGCUGCCAUUGGCCAUGUUUGGACCGUGUUAUGUCACCAGGAUGGGACCUACCCGUUACCACCUGUCUUCCCUUCUUCUUUCAGCCUUUUAUCUCAGUGACGGCUGUGUUGUCUUACGAUGUCUGCAGUUAUAUUCUGAACAGCGGAGGCACACAGGGAAGUGUUGGAGCUCACAAACAUGUUUUUUUGGUGUCCUUUUCUGUGAUUUUGUUAAAGUUCUCGAUGAUAUUUUAUACUUUUUCUACCUCUAAGGUUUACCACUGUAUAAAAGCUAGAAUGGCACAUUUUAAGCUUCUUUUAUUUUCUUUUUUAUUCGGUGUGUUAACAUGUGAAACUUUGUAGCUGUGUUCAGCCAGUGUUUUUUUUUUUUUUUUUUUUACUAGAUUUAAAAAAAAAAAGCUAUUUAUAUUCUUAAAAAAUAUGUUAACUGCGUAGAGCGUAAAAAAGACAAAGUCUGGUAGAGCAGUGUCUACUCUAUAGGACCGGCUUCCUUGUGAAUAUAAAUAUUUAUCUCCAAAUUUUAUGUAGAUUUGAAUGUGUGUAGAAGCUCCUGAAAGGUACAGGAGGGAGAAUCCAGGGCAUCCCCCCACCAACAAAGACAAUGACAGAAGUCAUUUACAUUUCAAAGAUUUAUCUCCUGUAAUCAAAAGUGACACGAUUGAAUCAAAACAUGUCACUUUUACACAUUGUCACUAUUUGUUACUACCAUACUUGCUGCUGCAAGCGGUGAGGAAAAUACAAGCACAACCUUUUUGUGUAAGACCACUAAACACGGUCGGCAGCAUUUUUGUAUUAUUUUUUGUUCUUUACAGCCCAGUGUGUUUGAAGUUUUAUUUUAUUGACAAUCUCCAUAUUUAUUAUUCGGAUCAACAUGUUUUUUUUGUAACCAGCUUUUAAGAUUUGUUAAAGAAAGUGUUUUGGGAAAUACACAUAUUUGUCUUGCAGAGAGUUUAUUGAUUAGAAGAUUGAUACCACCCUCGUGUCUGUAUGCUACAUAUAAAGCUAGAGUCUGCAGCCUAUGAGCUUAGCUUAGCACAAAGACUGGAAUCAGUCAAGCCCCCCAGGAAGAGCGCCGGGCUUUGAAGCCAAUUUGACAUAGUGGCCAAACUGUGUAAUUACAGCAAUGACAUCUGUCACAUCAUGCACACUGGCCCAAAAUUAUAAUUAGCUUACAUUGUGAAAGAAGCAGCUGUAAAAUGGUGGAUACAUUUUUUUUAGCAUCACCCCCCAUGAAAUCCAGUAGCUACAUAUAUAUAUAUAUAUAUAUAUAUAUACACCACACAGUGAGUGUGGUAUCAAUCUUCUUGUCUAUCUCUUGGCAAGAACGCAGUAAUCUCCAAAAUAUUGAACUGUUCCUUUAAACAUGUGUAUAAGCUUAGACAGCAGUUGGCUGUGCAAUCGGAUGUUUGUGGCCAACAGUGUCCGAUUGAAUCAACUACUUCUUUAUGUUUUAUAGCUUUUGUGUCAUAUGUGGAGGAAUAUUGUUCCUUCACAGCCUAGAGUCACAUUUGCUUUUCUCCUUUCAUAGCAUAACAAAUAUCGCCUUUAAAUUCUGCAAGGUUGAAGAUGCUUUUCUUCAUGUUGUUUUCUUGUUUCUAUAGCGAUGUCUUCUUCCUGCCGUCUGUGGAUUUAUUUAUCUGUGUUUUACAUGUUUAUAUUUUCUAUAAUCCUGUGGUUGGUUUUCUUUCGGCUUUCAUUUGGGCCUUACAUGAAGGGGUUCAGGUGUCACGCUGCCUGGCAGACUUAAAAUAAAUAAAGGCCACUCAUUUCAAAGGACUACAUUUAUCCUUUUAGCACCUGCUCUCAAUAAACCUCUGAAACGUGCUACUGACCGAAAUUACAUGACGGUCGUGAGUUUGGACAGUGCUUUUUUUUUUUUGCCAAUUCUUAAGUGCAUUUACUGGAAAGUGCAAUUACUUUUUGAAAGAUUUUCAAAGGAAAAAUCCAUCCUAAAACACAACUCUUGAUGAUGAUGUUCCAUAUGUGGCCAAUUUAGGUGGAGGUCCCUCAGAAUGAAAGAGGAUGUGUGUCUUUUUAGGGCUGCUAUUUUGUACCCGUAAAGGAAAAAAGAAAGUUUUCUAUUCUCACAGUAGCAGGAAAGUGACUUUUCAUGACUUAAAUUGCAGCACUUAAACAGAGACCCCUAGAAUGUGUUAAUCAUCACAAAGAGAUCACAUUUAAUGUGUUUAAAGUGUCUGAUAGUGUUUUCUUUAAAUUAGCAUUUUUUUGUAGAAAACGUGUGUCUUGACAUUACAGUCCUUUUUCGUCUUGCAGUUUGUCUCUGUGCCAGUGGCAGCUAUAGGUGGGCAGCUUCAGAGCACCAUGCUAAUGUGUCACAGUUACUUAGAGAAACCAGAGGCAUCUCAUCACCUUCCAUAGGCCACCAGUGAGCUGUUGUACUACUGCGACCUGCUUCCUAUUUAAACUACGCACUCAAAGCUGAGACAGACAAAAGUAGCGUGGCAUUGAUAUGUAGCUCAGUUGCGCUUUUGUACUUGCUUCUCUCCUUUCCUUCCUCUUCAAUAAAUGCAAAUGGUGAAACACA